CAUUUCAAAGCCGCUAAAGUAACAAGUAUCUUGGAGCUAUCCAUUCGGUUGGGCGCCAAAAGGAAAACUUGCUGCAAAAGGCACAAAUUUUGUAAACACUCGCCUCAAAUACUAAGUGCAGAGUGCCAUAGAAAAAGUACUCGACUCUCGCUGCAAUGGAUCCCUCAAAUGGAGACCUGUACACGCUGGAAGCGAACCUGGCCAACAGGGCGCUGAGAGAGCUGACAGAUGGCGCCGACAAGGAUCCCAUUACCAAGUUGCGUUUGCUCUGCCUGAGCCGCGGCGCAACAGGCAUUUUGGGCAUGGGCAGGGCUUUUCGCGCCAUGGACGACGACGGCAGCAAGGCCCUGAACGAGGAGGAGUUCAUCUCGGGCAUUCGGGACAUUGGCCUGGACGUGACAGACGACGAAAUCAAGCAGAUGUUUAACGCCUUCGACGAGGAUGGCAGCGGCUCCAUAAAUAUGACGGAGUUUCUGCUCAAGCUGCGCCCGCCCAUGUCGCAGUCGCGCAUAUCGAUAAUCGAUCAGGCUUUCAAUAAAAUGGACAAGAACGGCGAUGGCGUCAUCACCCUGGCCGACCUGAAGAACGUCUACUCGGUGAAGGAGCAUCCCAAGUACCAGAGCGGCGAGAUGACCGAGGAUGAGAUCCUCACGGAGUUUCUGCACAACUUUGAGGGCGGACGCGGCAAUCUCGAUGGCAAGAUCACACGCGAGGAGUUCAUCAAUUACUAUGCCACAAUCAGCGCCUCGAUUGACAACGAUAUGUACUUUGAUCUGAUGAUGCGUCGCGCCUAUGUCAUGUGAAGCGCCCCUUGGGUAUUGUUGUCUACAU